CCUCUCGGUUCACUCCACCUCUGGCGGGUCCACACCGGGCGGUGACGCAGCGGCAGCGGCCAGUGUCAGGUGUCUCCAGGUUUCGCAGAAGGAGUGACUCAACGGAAGUUCGCACAGGUAUUCACUUAGCUGCCAGAGAUGGAGAGUGGUCCAUUUAGUCGACGGUCCUGGGCGACACAGUCCCUGCGUGUGACUGCGAAGGAGCUGUCACUGAGUGGCCGAGGGAGAAACAAUGCCAUAGCUGAACGCUUCUCCAAGUACCAGAGAGCUGCUGAGGAGUCGAGUGCAGAGAAGAAAAAGACUUCUGAGAGUGCGGCACCCUCCCUGCGGUCAGCCAACCUGAGUGCUCUGAAGAAGCGCUGGGAGCAGGCAGAGAACCUCGGUCAGUCAAAGCCUUCAUCUGUCCCGCCUCCUGGCCAGUCCGGCUCUCGCUACAAGCCUCCUGCUCUGUCCAAGCCUGCUUCUGGCGCUGAGCACCAUCCUCCAUUAGAGAGACCCGGCCCGCUGACCGCUCAGGGAGGCCAGCUCACAGCCAGCCGUGUCCAGAAGCCCUCAGCAGCUCCGAAGGCGCCCCAAGGUGAAGAACAGAAAGGGAUGGACAGGGAUGAGCUGACACACAGACCUGAAAAGCCUGAAGAACAAGUUCCAACCAGCCCCUGUGCCAUUUACGAAAAACCCAGAGUUCCACUGAACAACCUGAAGAUGAGGUUUGAGAGAGGAGAGGAGGCCAUGGGCAAGGCUGGCAGAACAACGCUGCGCAGUACUUCAUCAGAGGACAUGGACCAACAUGGGGGUCCGUCUGUGGCUGACAGAGUGCUGGAGUCGACGUCCAUGAAGGAGAAGAUGGCCAAGUACCAGGCUGCUGUUUCUAAACAAGGCACCACUCGCUAUGGUCUGACCCCAGAUCUGCCCGCUGCAAAAACAUCUGCAGCAGUAAAUCAGAAACACAGUCCUGCACCCGAGUGCAAUGGGGAGAACAGCGAACAACCCAAAGCAGUGAGGAAGUUCAGCCCACCGGUGAGGGAGACGUGCAUCGCCUGUCUGAAGACCGUGUACCCGCUGGAGAGACUGGUGGCUCUGCAGCAUGUCUACCACAAAAGCUGCUUCCGCUGUGUUCACUGCAGCACCAAGCUCAGUCUUGGGAACUACGCCUCUCUGCAUGGUAACGUCUACUGCAAGCCCCAUUUCAGCCAGCUGUUUAAAGCUAAAGGCAACUAUGACGAGGGCUUUGGCCAUCGGCCUCACAAGGAGCUUUGGGAGCCUCGAGCCGACGAAGACGAAGGUGAGGAAGCGGGGAAGCCAAAAGAACAAGAGAGACCAGCAGCAGUGACACGUCCGGCUGAGAGUAUCUCUGACACACAGCCAGUUGAGGAAACAUCCCCACAGGUUAAGGUUACAGACCUGACUGCCUUACUGGAGACUCGUGUGCAGACACACGGCACCUCCGGAGAGAAGCUCCAGUCUGCAGAGAAGCAGGCUGAGACGCGCAGGCUGCGGGUCGCCUGGCCUCCUCCAGCUGGUGAGGGCCACUCUGGGGCCGCAGCACUCAGUCCAGUCACAGAGGGAGCUGCUUCAGGCCGACUCCUGAGAGCCAAGUGGCCCCCGGAGGAUGAUGUGCCAUCAUCCUUCCAGAGCUCAGACCGAGCUGAACUGAAGAGCCUGAGGAGGAGCUCUUCUCUAAAGGAGCGCAGUCGGCCUUUUACAAUCGCAGCGAGAGCCAGCCCCGCAGCCAGUCUGGAACCCAGGGAACUUCGCCGCCCUCUCAGAUCCCUGCUGGAAUGGAGAAAAUCAUUUGAGGAGAAAAACCCAACUGAGGAGCCACCCAAGGAAAAUAAGCCAGAGCCUCAGCAGGUGAAACAGCAAGAAAAGAAUGAGCCUCAAGUACCAAGUGAGACCAUCUCAGAGGAGGAUGUGGAGACUGUGCCCAAGCAACAAGAAAAAGCGCAGACAGCUGAGGCAGCAGCAGACAAGAUGACGGUAGAAGAGGGCUCUCUCAGAAGCAGCUCCCCGGAUCUCUCACCAUCGCCCUCUCCACCUCUACAGCCAAAGCAGAACCGCGCCUCCCAGGAUGUGGGCUUCUGGGAGGACGACAAAGAAGGAAGUGAUGCAGAGGAGCUGAGUGCAGAGGAUAUAAUCAAGAGGAACCGCUACUAUGAGGAGGAGGAGGAGGACGAGCAGGACUCUGACUCAUAGGAACAUGUCACUGUUAUUGUCACAUCCAUCCACCAUAUAACACUUUCAGCCAGGUUUGUCUUCUCAGUUUGUAGGUAAAUCACAAAUAUAGCUUUGCCAGAUUCUAUAGUGUUGUAGGAGAGAUGCACAGAUGCGUAAUAGGUAUGUUUGUGUGCAUAUAUAUUGCAAUAACUGCCUUUAAUUGUUGAUUUUUGUUGCAUUCUAAUUAUAUACUGUAAAGAUGUUUAAUACAGCUUUAUAUGACUCCUGAUUAUACUGGAAAGUGGGCCUCUAUUAAAUUGAAUCAUUGCAUCUCUGGACCUCAUCUCCUGCUAAUUAUAUGCACGAUCAGUGGCAUAUUAUUUGCAGGUGGUGCAUCCAAAAACCAUUAUACUUUAUGUGGCUCUUUAAGUGCUUUUUAAUGACAGGCAGUACCCUUCUGCUCAAGCAAAACAGUCAUUAUGUGUAUUUUUGCCCUCCCUAGAAUGCAGAAAACACAUAAAUAGGUUAAUCCAACAACAUACAGCAGUAGUGUAUUUUUUUGAUGGUGCAGAAUACAUGUCAUUUUAUAGCUCAUAUUUUUACACCUUGCUUGAGGUUGAAUAGCAAAUGCAAGAAAAACAGAAUAGAAGCUAAAUGAGAAUAGUAUGGAUUAAGUUUUUGCAAAGCAACACUGUGCAGGUCCUCUGACGAAGUAACUGAGGAUCUUUAAAUCCACAGAUAUUAUGAACCUUAAUAUCCUGCAGGGGGCGCUCUGGUUUGUAAUAAAGUACAACUGCAGCUCUACAGCACAGCAAAUUGCAAAGGGAUUAUUUUACUCAGGUGCAGCUGUGUGAAGUAGCCUUCUUAUAUAAUGUGAUGGAAGUCAGAACGUCUCCACUGUGACUCUGUCAGAAAGACUUUCUAGCUGCUCUUCAGCUGUUCUCACCGCUGUUCAUAAUAAGAGCAGGAAACAGAAUUAUCAAGGUUCCUGCUGAUAGCUGACUCAGUUUAUAUGGUGUGGAAAACACUUUGUACUUUAAAAUGUGCUGUUGGAUAUAUGUUUGCACUGCAGAAUAUUUUUUAAUAAUUUGUAUAAUGACACAUUGGGCAUUACAGUCUUAUCUGUUGUUGAAACACAAUUAAAAUGUAUCUAAAAGGAAAU